AUGCCCGUUGUCAGUCCGGAAAAGCUGGCAAAACUCCAGCAAAAUGCUGAUGAUGUGCGAAAUAUUUGCAUUUUAGCCCAUGUUGAUCACGGGAAAACAUCGCUUACCGACGCCCUUCUCGCCACAAAUGGUAUCAUCUCACCAAAGCUGGCCGGCAAGAUCCGGUACCUGGACUCUCGGCCGGAUGAGCAGCUCAGAGGCAUUACGAUGGAAUCCUCGGCCAUCUCUCUUUACUUUUCAAUGCUGCGGAGGUCGAGUCCCGAGGCUGCCCCUGAGUCGAAAGAAUACCUCAUCAACCUCAUCGACUCGCCAGGACACAUAGAUUUCAGCAGUGAAGUCUCUACGGCGUCUCGUCUCUGCGAUGGGGCUGUUGUUCUGGUCGACGCAGUGGAGGGGGUGUGUAGCCAGACAGUCACAGUGCUAAGACAGACAUGGACCGAGAAGCUCAAGCCACUGCUCGUCAUCAACAAGAUCGAUCGCCUGAUCACGGAGUUGAAGAUGACGCCAAAUGAGGCGUACACGCACCUCAGCAAACUCCUGGAGCAAGUCAACGCCGUGCUGGGGAGCUUCUUCCAAGGCGAGCGGAUGGAGGAGGAUCUCAACUGGCGGGAGCGGAUUGAGGCCCGCGUUGCGGCUUCGGUUGCCAAAGAAGCCAGGCUUGCAGACCAACAGCCCGACUCGGGGGAGCUCCAGUUCGAGGAAAGAGAUGAUGAAGAGCUCUACUUCGCCCCCGAGAAGAACAACGUCAUCUUUGGCAGCGCCAUCGACGGCUGGGCUUUCACGGUGAGGCAGUUUGCCGGCCUGUACGAAAAGAAACUGGGCAUCAAACGCAGCGCGCUGGAGAAGGUCCUGUGGGGAAACUUUUACCUGGAUCCCAAGACGAAAAAGGUCCUGGGACCCAAACACCUAAAGGGCCGCUCCCUGAAACCCAUAUUUGUCCAGCUAGUGCUCGACCAGAUCUGGGCAGUCUACCAGGCCACCGUCGGCGGAGACAAUGGAAAGGGUGACCCCAUCCUUCUGGAGAAGAUCACCAAGUCCCUCAGUAUCACCAUUCCUCCGCACAUCCUCCGCUCGCGAGACCCGAAACUGCUACUCACCACGGUGUUUGCUUCCUGGUUGCCAGUUUCGGUGGCGUUGCUGGUUUCCGUGGUGGAAUCGCUGCCGUCACCGAAGGCGGCUCAGGCCGAGCGCUUCCCUCUCCUGUUGGAAGACGUCCCAGGCGCAGAGCACAUCGACCCAAAGGUGAAGGAGGCUAUCACCUCGUUUAAGACGGCUCCAUCGGACCCGGUAGUUGCCUACGUCAGCAAGAUGGUGUCUGUCAAGGAGAGCGAGCUGCCGGAGAACAAGCGACGCGGACCCAUGAGCGGCGAGGAGGCACGGGAACUGGCCAGGAAGAAGCGUCUUGAGGCCUCUCGUGCGCAAGGUAACAUGGGCAAUGGUAGUGAUAUGGAUGCCUUGGCUUCCACGUUUUCCGAGGCUACACUGGACCAGGAAACUCCCGAGGAAGAAGAGAAGCAGGCCGAACCCGAGCAUUUGAUCGGCUUUGCGCGGAUCUACUCUGGCAAGUUAUCUGUGGGCGACGAGAUCUACGUCCUCCCGCCCAAGUUCUCACCAGCACACCCGCUCGCUGAGCCGGUACCAAGGAAGGUGAAAGUGACGGCGCUCUACAUGCUGAUGGGCCGCAACCUCGAGGCCCUGGAUUCGGUUCCUGCUGGCGUGGUCUUUGGCAUCCGCGGACUUGAAGACAGCGGGCUCCUCAAGUCGGGCACCCUCUGCAGCCAGGUAGAAGGGGCUAUCAACCUAGCGGGUAUCGCGAACCUACAGGGGCGCCCCAUUGUCCGUGUGGCGUUGGAGCCUGACAACCCCGCCGAUCUGGACAAGAUGAUUAAGGGCCUCCACCUGCUCGUCCACAGCGAUCCUUGCGCCGAGUAUGAGCAAUUCUCCAGCGGCGAGCACGUGCUGCUGACUGCCGGCGAACUGCACCUGGAGCGGUGCCUGACAGAUUUACGGGAGCGGUUCGCACGAUGCGAGAUCCAAGCCGGCGCGCCGAUUGUGCCAUACCGCGAAACCAUCGUCCGUGCCGAGGAGAUGCGUCCUCCAGCCAACAAGGAGCUGGGCAGGGGCGUGGUGGUUGGCGUGACGAGCUCCAAGCAGGUCACCAUCACCCUGCGGGUGAGACCAUUACCGCGGGAUGUCACCGACUUUCUAGUCAAGAACGCAGCGGGCGUAAAGCGGUUAUACUCCGAUCUCAAAGCCGCUGAGAAGGGGGAGGAUGGAUCCCCCCCUCCUGAAUCGACUGCAGAAAACGGGGCCGCCCAAGACGACUCAGCCGAAGCCGACGACGAUGUCGCUGAAGGCCGCAGAGCCCUCUCUCCGGAAGAACUUGGAAAGCAGCUCCAAGCCCGGUUUGACAGCGAGAAAGACCGUCUCGACACAUGGAAGGGCGUCGUCGAUCGCAUCGUCUCCUUCGGCCCGCGCCGGACAGGCCCCAACCUUCUCAUCGACGCAACGAAAGAACAGCUUAUCCCCAAAGCCUUCAACCUAAAUCCCAACGCCAACCAUCCUACUAGUCUCGAAAUCCGCCCAUCCGCCAACGAGACGCUCAGCCCGCACCACUUCUCCGACAAGAUCGCCUACGGCUUUCAACUAGCGACCAACUCCGGGCCCCUCUGCCAUGAGCCCGUCCAGGGCAUAGCCGUCUUCAUCGAGGACAUCUCCGUAACUCCGCCCUCCUCCGCGGACGAAGAGGCAGCCACAGCGCGCGACCGCCUGGGCCGUCUGACGGGGGAAGUCAUUAAGACGGUCCAGCAGUCCAUCCACAAGGGGUUCCUCGACUGGUCGCCACGGCUGAUGCUGGCGAUGUACUCGUGCGAGAUUCAAGCGUCGACCGAAGUGCUAGGCCGAGUCUACGACGUGCUCACCCGCCGGCGGGGCCGCGUGCAGUCGGAGGCCAUGAACGAGGGCACGCCCUUCUUCACCAUCCAGGCUCUCCUGCCCGUGGCCGAGUCGUUCGGCUUCGCCGACGACAUGCGCAAGCGGACGUCGGGCGCGGCCCAGCCGCAGCUGAUCUUUGCCGGCUUCGAGAUCCUCGACGAGGACCCCUUCUGGGUGCCCUUCACCGAGGACGACCUGGAGGACCUGGGCGAGUACGGCGACCGCGAGAACGUGGCGAAGCGGUACAUGGACGGCGUGCGCCGGCGGAAGGGAUUGCUGGUGGAGGGCCGGAAUGUCGCGACAGAUGCGCAGAAGCAGAAGACAUUGAAGCGGUAG